GCAGGUUUAAAGAGCAGACCGGACCCAGCUUUACUUCCUGUCAUCUGGUCUCCAUAACUCCGCAGCAGCUGAGUUAGUCUGAAGUUUUCAGGACUGAAGAGCAGCUGAAGUCAAAACUCUCAAAGUUCUGAAAGUACAAAGGAAGUGACGGCAGCGGUGACCUCACAGACCAAACUCAGGUGCUUUAUCGUCGAAAUGCACAGGUUAAAGGUAAUUUCGGGUCACCUGGCUCCAUCUGGUUCCUCUGGCUACAGACGGGAUUUAUGGAGGUCAGAGUGUGGGUCAGGAUCUGGGUCUGCAGGGAGCAGCGGUCCGGAGGACGUGGUGGUGGUUCAUGGACUGAGGACUGCUAUCGGGAGAGCUAAGAGAGGAGCGUUUAAGGACACCACCCCCGACGAGCUGCUGAGUGCAGCCAUGACAGCUGUGCUGACAGAUGUUGGACUGUCACCCAAUCAGCUGGGAGACGUCUGUGUGGGUAACGUGCUGCAGCCUGGAGCUGGAGCUUUGAUGGCCAGAGUGGCUCACUUCCUCAGUGGGUUUCCAGAGACGGUUCCCGUCUACACCGUGAACAGACAGUGCUCCUCGGGGCUGCAGGCUCUGUUUAACAUCGCAGGAGCCAUAAGAAGCAAGUCCAUCGACCUGGGUCUCGCCUGUGGUGUGGAGAGCAUGUCUCUGCGUUCAAUGGGAAAACCUGGAGAUCUGAGCCCCAGACUGAUGGACAACGACAAGGCCAGAGACUGCAUCAUUCCCAUGGGCAUCACCUCGGAGAACGUGGCAGAGAGAUUCGGAGUCUCCAGAGAGAAGCAGGACGCCUUCGCUCUCAGCUCACAGCAGAAAGCAGCCCGGGCACAGAGCAUGGGACUGUUCGACCAGGAGAUCGUUCCCGUCACCGCCAGGUUAGUGGACGAUGAAGGUAAAGAGCGACAGGUGACGGUCCGUAAAGACGACGGGAUCAGGCCCGGAACGACUCUGGCAGGACUGAGUAAACUCCGGCCGGCGUUUAAACCUGACGGCAGCACCACGGCAGGUAACUCCAGCCAGGUGAGUGACGGAGCAGCAGCCGUGCUGAUUGGUCGCAGGUCUGCAGUGGAGGCUCUGGGUCUGCCGGUCCUGGGAGUCCUGAGGGCCAGUGCGGUGGUGGGAGUCCCUCCUGACGUUAUGGGUAUUGGACCAGCUUUUGCCAUCCCUGCAGCUCUGGAACAAGCCGGAUUAACUGUGGCUGAUAUCGAUGUGUUUGAAAUCAACGAGGCCUUCGCCAGUCAGGCGGUGUACUGUGUGGAGAAGCUGGGCAUCCCGCUGGAGAAGGUGAAUCCAAACGGAGGAGCCAUCGCUCUGGGCCAUCCCCUCGGCUGCACCGGAGCUCGGCAGGUGGUGACGCUGCUGAACGAGCUGAAGCGCAGAGGCAGGAGGGCUUACGGCGUCGUGUCCAUGUGCAUUGGCACCGGGAUGGGAGCUGCCGCCGUGUUCGAGUACCCCGGGCCGUAGGAGCCCACAGCAAAUCACAUCAAGACCAUGUACCUGUGAUUGAAAGCCUCUUUCAGACGUGACAGG